CUUUCCCAGCGCUCCUUCGCCGCCUCCUGCUCUUCCUCCUGUAUGAGUCAGGCAUUUCCCGGGGAUUUGGAGCAGCCACGCGCGGCCGGGGGCCCAGAGCUGUAGCAGCAGCAGCAGCAGCAGCAGCCGCCGGGCCGGGAGCUCCAGCGCUGGGGCCGCCACCGCGGCGGGCACCCGCGUCCCGGGCGCGCACGGACCAUGGAGAGGGCGGCCCAGGGCGCAGACGGCGCGGGCAGCAAUAGCAGCAGCCGCAGCAGCAGCCGCGCCACCUCGGCGGGCUCCUCGCCCUCCUGCUCCCUGGCCGGCCGGGGGGUCUCCAGCCGGUCGGUGGCGGCCGGGCUAGGCGGCGGGGGCAGCCGCAGCAGUCCGGGCUCGGUGGCCGCCAGCCCGUCCGGAGGAGGUGGCCGCAGGAAGGAACCGGCGCUCGAGGGCGUGCUCAGCAAAUACACCAACCUCCUCCAGGGCUGGCAGAACAGGUACUUCGUGCUGGAUUUUGACGCUGGCAUCCUGCAGUAUUUCGUGAAUGAGCAAAGCAAACACCAGAAGCCUCGAGGAGCCCUGUCUUUAUCAGGAGCUAUUGUGUCUCUGAGCGAUGAGGCUCCCCACAUGCUGGUCGUAUACGCUGCUAGUGGAGAGAUGUAUAAACUGAGAGCUGCUGAUGCAAAAGAGAGACAGUUUUGGGUGACUCAGCUUCGAGCUUGUGCCAAAUACCACAUGGAAACGAAUUCUAAGACUACUCCAAGCUCCCGAAGCCGAAGUCUCACUUUGCUUCCCCAUGGAACACCCAAUUCUGCGUCUCCCUGUAGCCAGAGACACCUCAGUGCGGGGGCCCCCGGUGUUGUCACAAUCACGCAUCACAAGUCGCCUGCAGCCGCCCGAAGAGCCAAGAGUCAGUAUUCCGGCCAGCUUCACGAAGUCAGAGAGAUGAUGAGCCAGGUGGAAGGACAGCAGAAGAAUCUUGUGCAUGCCAUCGAGUCCCUACCAGGCUCUGGCCCACUCACAGCCUUGGACCAGGAUCUGCUGCUCCUGAAAGCUACCUCUGCUGCCACCCUCAGCUGCCUGGGCGAGUGCCUGAACCUGCUACAGCAGAGUGUGCACCAGGUGGGCCAGCCUAGCCUCAAGUCAGGAGCCUCAGAAAACAUCCUGGGAUGGCACGGGCCCAAGUCACAUUCCACAGAACAGCUGAAAAAUGGGACAUUUGGCUCUUUGCCAUCAGCCAGUGCCAACAUAACCUGGGCAAUCUUACCAAACUCCGCCGAAGACGAGCAAACCUUACCGCCAGAGCCAGAGCCAAACUCAGGCCCUGAAUUGGUUUUGUCCGAAGAUGAAAAAAGUGACACUGAAGAUCAGGAGGAGACAGAACUGGGCGUCAUGGAGGAUCAGCGCAGUGUAAUUCUUCAUCUCAUUUCACAACUCAAACUUGGAAUGGAUUUGACCAAGGUGGUGCUCCCCACGUUUAUCCUGGAGAAGCGGUCUUUGCUGGAGAUGUACGCGGACUUCAUGGCGCACCCCGACCUGCUGCUGGCCGUCACCGCAGGCGCCACGCCCGAGGAGCGGGUCGUCGGCUUCGUGGAGUAUUAUCUCACCGCCUUCCACGAGGGCCGCAGGGGGGCGCUGGCCAAGAAGCCCUACAACCCCAUCAUCGGGGAGACAUUUCACUGCUCCUGGGAGGUCCCCAAGGACAGGGUCAAGCCGAGGAGGACUGUUCCCCACACUCCCACCGGCCAGGAACACCCGAUGGCCGACGACCCUUCCAAAAGCUACAAAUUAAGGUUUGUGGCGGAGCAGGUGUCCCACCACCCGCCCAUCUCCUGCUUCUACUGUGAGUGCAAAGAGAAGAGACUGUGUGUCAACACUCACGUAUGGACCAAAAGCAAGUUCAUGGGCAUGUCCGUGGGGGUGUCUAUGAUAGGAGAAGGUGUGCUGAGGCUCCUGGAACACGGGGAGGAGUACGUGUUCACCCUGCCCAGUGCCUACGCCCGGUCCAUCCUCACCAUCCCCUGGGUGGAGCUCGGAGGCAAAGUCAGCAUCAGCUGCGCCAAGACCGGGUACUCGGCCACGGUCAUCUUCCACACGAAGCCUUUCUACGGCGGCAAAGUGCACAGGGUCACAGCAGAAGUGAAGCACAACCCAACCAACACCAUCGUCUGCAAAGCUCACGGGGAGUGGAACGGGACCUUAGAGUUCACCUACAGCAACGGGGAGACCAAAGUCAUUGACACGACCACGCUGCCCGUGUACCCGAAGAAGAUCAGACCCCUGGAGAAGCAGGGGCCCAUGGAGUCCAGGAACCUCUGGAGGGAGGUGACGCGAUACCUGCGGGUGGGGGACAUCGACGCUGCCACUGAGCAGAAGCGGCACCUGGAGGAAAAGCAACGGGUGGAGGAACGGAAGCGGGAGGCCCUCCGCACACCAUGGCAGCCCAAAUACUUUAUCCAGGAGGAAUUUAAAGUCCCAACACUGAGAUCCAAUCGAAAUAUAUCUGGGCUUUCUUUGGCCCUGGUGUUGGGCCUUCUGCUACAAGGACUCCUGCAUCUAGCCACAAGGCCGCGGGGGAGACGGCUGGGUUUACCUCAAUCCCCUUUGGAAGGCACACUGACGGGGUGGAGGUAGAGAACUUUCAGAAAUAGCCCUGCUUUUGUAGGAAUUAAAGUGGUACAGUAUCAAGGUUCUGCUGGUAUUUUGUUGAAACAUAUCGACGACAUUCAAGCAACAAUAGCCGAGAAACUAUAUACUGUGAAAAAUGCACCCCUAAACUCUGUUAGGAUUGCAUUUAUUCAAGAGCCAUUUGGGGGGGGGGUGUGUAUACACAAACGUGAGCGUGCACAUGCACACACUAUACCCAUUUGGCCGGGUAUCUCUACACAGGUAAUACUGCACUCACCAAGGUUCAAGUGGCAAAUCAUGAGCUCCUUUUUAAAACCAACAAAGUAUGAGAUUUUCUAUUCUUCACAUUGCCAAAAAUGGUUUAUACUCACAAAGGAAUUCUUACCUAGUCAGCUCUGCUGGAAAUGAAAGUGAGCUGGCGUGGCCCAAUGGAUGACCAUGUGGUAGAAAAUGGCUCCUUCCUGGUAGACGGGUAGGUGGUUGUCUUUUCAAAACUUUUGUGAUUCUCACUUCCCUUCCCACUUUAAUAUUUUGUCUACACCCCCCCCCCCGCCAAAAAAAAUUGCUAUUCCCUGCUGGAUCGAGUAUAGACAUAAAGCUGUUAGUUUUAUGUCAGAACCUUCCAGGUUGGAACACCUCUGGGAGAACCUAGAGCCUGACCCGCCCUGGGGUUUUCCCUCCAACACUUGUCCACAACCUUGCUGACAAUUUCUAUUGCUCAAAGCACUAGCAUACAUUUUUCAGAAGCUGCUGCUUUUACAGUAGAAAACAAAUCACAUGGAGACUUCACUACUUUCAUGAAAAAGGGCUUUAGAAGUUACAUGCACGCAUGCAUAUACAAACAUGCACAACUACAGCCUCAACCUUGUAUUUAGUUUGGGGGAAAAUUUCCUGUGGAUUUUUUAGUGUUCCUCUGUCUGACCCAACUCUGCAAGAAGACCACUGUGAUUAAACAUACAUAAAGCCUGCAUAAGUACUCCAUGGUUUCAGCUGAAGUUCAGUCCUCAAACUUUACAAAUGAGGUCAAGACACGACUAGAAUAUAAAGCAAGAUUUUUUUUGCUGUGCCACUCCAAUGAGAAUAUUUAUAAAAUCCAGUAGCAUGAAUGCUUCUCUGUAGUAAUACUAAUUUUGUGCCUUUUGUCUGCUUUCUUAAGACCAACUGUUCACACUUUGUAGAUAUUAGACAAAUAUAUUUCGAUUAAAUACUAUACAUACCUGUAUGUGUGGUGGUGUUGGGAUUCAUGGCUCUGAAGGAACCCAGAUUUUAACGGUAAAUUGUUCUUAAUUUGACGUAAACAGCAAUCAAAUAUUUUAGGCACUUAAAUCUAAAGUUGGCCUGUUCAGUCCUCAGUCUGAAAACUAAAAGCAUUUUAUAUCCUGGGGCGAAAGUAGAUUAGGUAUCAUUUUGAGAAAAAAUCCUCAAUGAAAGUACUCUUGUUUUUAGAUUGUUCUUACUCAAUGAAGUAAAAUACGGAGGGCUGGCUGCUUUUUUGUUGUGGAAGGAGGUUCAUUUUUACCUUUUCCUAUACAGAGAGGAUGAUAUAAAUUUUCUUACAGUUCCAAAAAAAAGGGAAACCAUGUACUCACUACUACAGAAACCUAAGUUCGCCAGUACCAUAAAAGCCACCUGUGUCCCUACACUUUUGUGUCCUGCUCCUUGUUCCCAGAGGUAGGUAACUGCCACCAUCCUGGUUUUUGGCUUGUAUACAGACUAUGUGUGGAUUUCUAAAGAACAUGCUUGGUUUUUGAGUAUUUUUUAAAUUUAUGCAGAGACAAUCAGUUUGCCUAUCUGAGCUAACAUUUACAAGUCAAGCCAUGUUGUUAUGAGUGUGUGUUCGUUUUUUUAUUCUGAGUUCAGUUUCAGUAAUUGUAGAAUACAUGUAACACAAAACUUACCAUUUUAACCAUUUUUUAAAGUGUACAGCUUAAUGGCACUAAAUACAACCACAUUAUUGUGUAGCCAUCCAUCCCCAUAAUUUCAUCUUUCUUAACUCUGUACACUCUUUAACAAUGAUUCCGUAUUCUCCUCUGUGCAGCCCCAAGAACCACUGUUCUGUGAUUUUAUGAAACUGACUAGUCUAAGUACCUCCUGUAAGUGGACUAUGGUAAUACUUUUCCUCAUUGUCCAGCCUGUUUCAUGUUACAGAAUGCAUUCAAGGUUAAAUCAAUUUCCUUCCUUUUUAAGACUAAUAUUCUAUUGUGUGUCCAUUCACCCAAUUUUUUUUGGGUGGUUUUGUUUUGACUAUUACAAGUAAUGCUGUUAUGAAUAUAGGAGUGCAAAUAUCUGAGUUCUGGCCCCCAAUUCGUUCAGAGAUUAUAUUU